AUGGCGUCAGGCGGCCAUAUGCACAACUUCACCACCCUCAUCAAGCGGCUCGAGGCAGCCACCUCACGCUUGGAGGAUAUGGCCAUGUCGCUUGAUGACCCUAGCUCGCCGAAGAGCAUGGGCGGCCCUUCGUCUUCGGUGCCUGCAACCCCUGAACCUCCAAAGGCAAUUCCCCCUCCCCCCGCGGCCCCCGCCGCGGCCCCGGUGCCUCCCCAGAUUCAAGACUUUGAUGCCUUGAUCAAGGGAGAUGUACAGAACUUUGUCAACCUUGGAGAGAAGAUUGGAGGCUUGGUUGCUGAGCAGUCCAAAGCCGUCCUCCAGGCGUUCCAAGCCGAGCGCACUUACCUUUUCGUAGUCACAAAGGCCAAGAAGCCCGCGACCCAACCCCCAGAGCUGAUGACCGACUUGCACAAGGCAUCUGACAGCAUCAACAACAUCCGCGAAUCAAACCGAGCAUCUCCAUUCUUCAAUCACCUGAGCGCAGUCGCGGAAGGUAUUGUCGCUUUGGCAUGGUUCUUUGAGAGCAAGCCUGCCGAGUUUGUCACCGAAAUGAUUGGUGGUAUCCAGUACUACGGAAAUAAGGUUCUGAAGGACUACAAGGACAAGGACAACACGCACGUGGAAUACAUCAAAGCCUACUACCAGAACUUCAAGGCCCUCGCAGAAUACCUGAAGAAGCAUUUCCCCAAGGGACUGACCUGGAACAAUGAGUCUGGCAUCGACGCGCUGGAUGCUCUGAAGCAGGCCAAGGGUGGCCCUGCUUCCAGCCCAGCUCCCAGCGGCUCUCUUCCUCCUCCCCCUCCUCCAGUUCCAUCUGUGAACGUCUCCGGCGGAGGCGCCCCUCCCCCUCCUCCCCCUCCGUUCAUCCCCCCUGCCCCUGCCCCUGCGGCACCAGCACCCGAUAUGGGCGCAGUCUUCGAUCAGCUCAACCAGGGUGAAGGUAUCACAUCCAGCCUUCGAAAGGUCGACAAAUCAGAGAUGACACACAAGAACCCCGGUCUGCGCGCCGGCUCCACUGUAUCGGAGGGCUCAAGCGCUGUGCGCGGCAAGUCGCCUGCUCCUAACAAGAAGCCAAAGCCCGAGAGCAUGCGUACUCGCAAGCCUCCUCGCAAGGAGCUCGAAGGCAACAAGUGGUAUAUCGAGAACUUCGACUCUCCUGGUGAGAUCAUCGAAAUUCCCGCGCAGCAGAACCAGUCCAUCCUCAUCACCCGCUGCAACAAGACCAUCAUCAAGGUCGCGAACAAGGCCAAUGCUAUCGCUAUCGAUAACUGUGUUGGUCUCUCUAUUAUUGUCGACUCUCUUGUCAGCAGUCUCGACGUCAUCAAGUGCCCCAAGUUGGCUGUGCAGGUCGACGGCACCGUCCCCACUUUGUUGCUGGAUCAGGUUGAUGGUGCUGCUAUUUACCUUGGGCAGCAGAGUCUCAACACCGAGAUUUUCACUAGCAAGUCAUCUGCUGUGAACAUCAACCUUCCUCCUCCAGAGGGUACUGAUGAGGACACCAAGGAGUGCCCUCUCCCUGAACAGUUCAAGAGCUACGUCAAGAACGGUGUGCUGGUGAGCGAGAUUGUUGAACAUGCCGGUUGA